CUAAACCCACAACAGUAAAAUCAGUCUGUAUAUGCAGUAAAGCAUGCUUGUUAUACUCACUGUGGAACCUAAGGGGUUAAUCCUCUGCAUUGUGUAAAAGGCUGUUUGAACCUGUCUUCUUUGAUCCUCCCCUUCUUCCAGUGCCUCCCUCUUAUCUCCUUAUAACACAUAUGGUGUGGAGACACUCUGCACAUGCUCAGCUUUGUGUGUAUUGGUUUUUUGUUCUUGGGAGAGUGCAUGUGAUCAGCACAGGGCCAAUCAGCACUGUCCAGACAGAGGUCAGGGGUUCUGCAUCCUCCUACCGCAGAAAGAAAACUCUUACAAGCUUUAACCAGUGCUCUGCUGAACACUGAUAGCAGCAAAAAGGUAUUUAGCAUUUUAUAUUUACUAAAAUAAUUAUAUUUCCAUGUAGUGUGUACUGUGGGAGACCAGAUAUAGUGAAU